AUGAAGCAAAGGGUGGCACGCAAGUUCCGUGAGCUAGAUGAGGAUGGCGAAGGCAUCUCUCUUGCAGACGUUGCAACACUGCUGACCGAUGUGCUUGGGCGCCAGCUGGAUCGAGAUGCUAUGCUGCGCCUGGCCGCCAAUGUCUUCGACAACGCUGAGAAGUCAGAACAGGAUCUGCUGCAACUCCCUGAUGUUCUUAAAUCGAUGGAAAAUGUCUCCGUGGACUUCAACGCCCUGGUCCAGCGUCGGCAACAGCACAACUCUGGGCAGACCACAAAUGACCAGGACAUGUCGUGGGCCUGUGUUCAGCGCCUGGCCGGCUUGGUCCUUCCGCCAGACAGCAUCUGGCUGUACGUGUGGGACACGCUGCGGAAGAUUGUGAUCACAUAUUUCAUGCUGGAGGUUCCCAUGCGGUUUGCCAUCAGCAACGUUGAUUUUCUCGCAGAGCCUGGCAGAAGUGCGCUGUUCAUCACCAAUCUUUCCUUUGAUGGCUUCAUGUUCCUGAAUAUGCUGCUGACCUUCAUGCGCGGCUAUAUGCAGAGCUCUGGAGUUACAAUCAUGGAUUUUCAUCACAUUCGAGUACGUUACCUCCUGGGAUUCUUCAGUUGGGAUUUGCUGGCGUGUUUCCCCAUUGACCUGCUCGUUGCGGGCUUCAAUGACUCAAGGCAAUACGCAACAUGGCGGUUGCUGAAGCUGAUUCACUUGCGUCACUUCUUCGCGAAGAGCCGGGUGUCCGAAAGCUCCAGUGGCUUCCUCUUCACAACCUUCAAGAUCAUGCUGCAGCUGUAUGUGCUUCUGCACUUCAUGGCGUGCACCUUGUGGUACUUGGGGAAUGGCUGGCCUACAGAGCCAGACUUCGGACAGCAGCUGCUGAACGGCUAUGAUUCUCGGCAGUACGUGCUCUCGUGCUAUGGCAUGAUGCUGGUCUUGACAAACGACAGACGAAGCGCCUCUGGGGCCUUUACAACCUUCGAGCGGAAUGGUCACAUCGACGGCUCUCUCGUGGAUAAAGUCAUCUCCCAGGAUGAAUCGAUUGUGGAGUCCCGUGUGAUGCGUUCACGCGUCGAGACGUUCAUCUCGAAUUCUGGCUUACCACCCGAGUUAGCUGAACAGAUUCGCUUGGGCACAGACUCCACCUCCACACAGGCCUCGGGUAGUGCGCCCAAGGGUGAUCGAACUGCCGACCAGCGGACCAUGGAAGCCUUGCUGACGCAACCGGUCGGAGAGCAGGCAACCUUCCUCCUCAUCCUGAAGUCUGGUUCCGUCCAGAUCAGGGACGUAAACAACGACGAGGUAGACCGCGUGGAAGAGAAGGGCACGGCUUUCUGCGACAUCUCCUGCAUGUUUGGCUUGCGGCACAAGACGUCGAUCAUUUGUGAGGAGGAGACCCAGCUCAUCAAGCUUCGCGCUGAGGAUUUCAACUUCGCCCUGAAGAUGCAUCCGCAGGACCAAGAGGUUAUCAACGGCAAUGCAGUGAAGAUAAUACCGGAGACGACGACUCUGGACCACGACCAGGGGAACGAGCCCGGGGGUGUCGGUGCCAUGCCAAUGACUAUGCUCCAGGAGGAUGACGAUGAAGCGCGAUCGGUGAGCACAAAGCGCAAGCGCCGAGCCGCUUGGGGUGUGGACCUCUUCGCCGACCUGUCCAUCCACGACUUGAACCUGGAGGGUGUGGCAGAAGUACGAAACAUGAUCCGGACGCUGCAGGAGAAGAAGGCGCAGCAGCGCGUGAAUGACUUCAUCGAAUUUGCAGCCCAGGGCAAGUGGGAAAACAUGGAGACCAUGCUCAAGAACAACAAGGUCACGGUGGAUGGCCGAAACUGGGAUUCGCGCACUGCUCUUCACAUCGCUGUUUGCGAAGGGCGCCUUCGAAUUGUGGAGCGGCUAGUGUCAGAGUGGAAUGCCUCGCUGGGCGUAGAAGACCGCUUCGGCAACACGCCUUUGGAUGAUGCCGUGCGGGAAAGGCGUUCCGAGGUGGCGGAGUUCCUCAUUGAGGCCAAUGCCGAGUUCAAGGGAGGCGUAGCGGCUGCCGUGCAGCUUUGCGAGGCAGCUGCUGGAGGCGACACUCCUCAGCUGGAGCUCCUCGUGGAGGUGAUUGGGGUAGAUCCGAACCUGGGCGACUACGACAACCGCACUGCGCUGCACUUGGCUGCAUCCAAUGGCCACCUCGAGACCAUCACGAAGAUGCUGGAAUUCCCGUACCUGGACUUGAACCCACUGGAUCGUUUUGGUCAGACGCCGUUGGACGACGCCAUCCGCCACGAACAUGUGGCAGUCCAAAAGCUGCUUCGGAGUGAGGGUGCGCAGAUGGGCAACGUGGAGUUCGGAGUUGCUCUUUGUGAGGCUGCAGCGGAGAACGACCACGGGAAGUUGCGUCAGAUGAUCGAUGCUGGCGUCCGGGCGGGCAUGGCGGAUUACGACUACCGCACUGCUUUGCAUUUGGCGUCCUCAAACGGCAAUCUAGAGACAUGCGCUUUCCUGCUUCGUGAGGGCAAGGUGGAUCCCAACCCCUUGGACCGCUUCCUCCACACACCCCUGGAUGAUGCUGUCCGGCACUGUCACAAGGAUGUGGCAGAGCUGCUGAUUAAGUUCAAGGGGCGGCCUUCAAGCGACGACGAAUAUCUGAGCACCGUGCGGGACGAGUUUCUGAAGCAGAUGGAAGAAGAAAAAGCACGCAAAGACACCGACAAGCUGGACAAGGAGCUGAAGACGCACAAGUUCUCCGAGGUUUUGGAGCGACUUGCAAGACUCAGGUCCGACCUCGAGGAUGACGUCUAUCAGUUCAUGACCUCGGCGGGCAAUAUCCGCUAUGAGCUGUGCCGCAUCCUCCAUAUGAAUAUGUUCCUGCAUGACGAGUCCAGCCGCAGCAGGGCCGGGUGGGACAAGCUGACGCAGCAGCUGGACGAGGGCAGCCUCACCACGCAGAAGCUUGUGGACCUGUUGGAGAGGGAUUUGCGCCAGUGA